AUGAUCCCCCUCGUCGUUCGCUCCCUCCGGGGAGCUGUUGCCCGUAUCUCCCCGAGCGCAUACUCCUACUCCCCUCUGGGAAACGUCAAUUCGAGUUCAGAACCCUCAUCACCUGGUGGCUCGAGCCCUCCCGCGCAAUCCAGCUCCCUGUUCGCACGAUUGACGGCAAUCCUCUUUUUCCUGCUGCCCUCUUUCGUCCAGCGCCGACUCCGACCCAACGACUUCAAACACCGGCGCUUAUAUCCUACCUCGUGGCUCGAUGGUCUGCGCGGCGUUGCAUCGCUGAUUGUCUUCUUCUGCCACUUCACAGAGAAACAUGUUGGCUGGUUCACGGCGAGGGCAUACGGCGUUCCCGAUGAAAACGAUCAUGUCGCUUCCUCCCCGCUGCAAUUACCCUUCUUCCGCGUUAUCUUCAGCGGUCGGCCCAUGGUCCACAUCUUCUUCAUCAUCUCGGGCUUCGUUCUGUCUCUCAAGUCUUUGAAGCAGGCAAGGAGACAUGACUACGAUGGACUGCAUCGCACCCUGUCAAGCAGUGUCUUCCGCCGUGGUUUCCGCCUGUUUCUACCGACCACUGCGUCUACGUUCAUGAUCCUCGUCAUGAUUCGCCUGGGAUGGAUGGGACAGCCCUUGCCUACACUGUGGGAGCAGCUGGUGGACUGGAAGAACGCAGUGUGGAGGAUUACCUUCAGCUGGCAGUGGGAUAUUACCCAGAUUCUGCCCUAUGAUGUCCACCUCUGGACCAUCCCCAUCGAAUUCUCCCACUCGCUACUCCUGUUUGUCGUUCUCACUGGCGUGAGCCGCAUGAAGACGUACUUGCGUCUCGCUUCGGUUUUCUCCAUCAUGAUCUACUGCCUCAAGUGCGGCCACUGGGCCGGCUUUGAGUUCCUGGGUGGCAUGUUCCUUGCCGAGGUCGGUUUGAUCGAGGAAGCUCGCCAGGAGCGCAAGGCAGCCGCUCUGCAGAACAAGGAGGCAUCCGACAUGGAAUCCUCGACUGCGUCGGACUCGUCCUCAAGCUCCCUUGCCGUUCGCGUGUUCAAAACUUUCCUCGUCGGUAACCUGAUUUUUGCCCUGUUUGUGGCUGGCUGGCCGAACCAAAAGGCUGACAUCACCCCGGGAAUGUCACCACUCUGGCACAACACCAUGGAGCCUUUCUUCACCAUGGGUGGCGACCUCGUCUCCUUCCCCUGGUAUGCCCUUGGCGCAUUCCAGAUUGUCAUUACUUUGCAACAUAUCAAAGUGUUGCAGAACCUGUUCGUGACACCACUAGCGCAGUACCUCGCAGACAUCAGCUACGCGCUUUACCUUGUCCACGGACCCGUUCUCGACGUGUUUUCGCAUCGCUGGAUGCCGUACGUAUGGGCGCUUGUCGGCGGUAGGGACGAGACUGGCGUGAUUGGGCGACUCGUGGCGUGGUUUCUCGGAAUUGUCUUGCUUGGUGUGCCGACUGUCUGGGGCAGCGACGUCUUUUGGAGAACCGUCGACGUCAAGAGCGUAGAGCUGGCACGCUGGAUCGAGAGUCUUUGCACGCGAGACGAGUAG